AUGUCUGACACGGUACAAAUCCUCCACCCGGCCGAUGAUGGCUAUGAAAACAUCCGGAACAGAUGCUUCAAUGCUCGCGUUCCGAAUCGUCGACCUGCAGAAAUUGUUUUACCUUGGACCACUGCGGAAGUAGCAUAUGCAAUCAAAAGGGCCAACGCACAGGGUCUUAAAGUAGGGGUUCGUUCUGGUGGACACCAUUUUCCAUGCUCGCCAUUGCGAGAUAGUGGAAUGCUGCUUGAUCUGAAAGACCUCAAUAAGGCCUUUGACUACAAUAAGGAUACGAAGAUAAUCAGCUUCAGCCCUGCUCACACCGUACAAGACAUAUCAACCACUCUCAGGCCUCACAAGCGAUUUUUUCCGCAUGGCCAUUCCAGAACCGUCGGCAUGGGUGGCUUUUAUCUUGCAGGCGGUCAAGGCUGUUUUGUUCGAGGAUGGGGUUACACUUGUGAUGGAUGGGUCACCCAGCUGGAGGUCGUCACAGCGAAUGGCGACAUUGUAAUCGCAAAUGCGACAGAAAAUCAAGACCUGUUCUGGGCAGCUCCGGGCAGCGGUGUAGGGUUCUUCGGAGUCAUAACAAGGAUGUGGGGGAAAACUAUUCCAUCGAAAAAAUUGUACGACGUAUCAUAUAUCGUGGACUCGACAGAUAUCUUUAAGCCUCUACUAAAAUGGUCACUCCAGACAGCGGAGAGGGUUCCAAGAUACGGGAGCGACUUAUUUAUCUGCACUUUCUAUGCUGAUGCCGAAGAAAAGACCACGGAGGACGAGUCAAAAGCGAAACGAGUGUUCAUGUUACUCAACCAGACGGUGCACUGUGAUUCUAUGGAGGAAGCCUUGGUCCUAGCGAGCCCAUGGCAAAGUUUUCCAGACGCCUUUCGGAAACAUCUAGUCGCCGAAAUCCCCAUGACUGAGCGACAAUGGGAAGAGCUGUGGGAUCUUCAAGAACGGUUCCAACCCCACGGGGCGGGAGAGCGAUGGAAGGUCGACAGCGUGAUAAGCGAUGCUACUGUUUCGCUAGACGAAUUUGUUGACAAGAUAACACCUGCUCUUUUUGACCUUCCAACACGUCGUGCUACAGGGGCGAUCAUUCCGCUGGACUAUAUACCUGACGAGGCUGACCAUGCUUUGAGUUUGCCGCAGAAGUCUACUGUCUCAACCUUGGUCUGCUAUUCAGAUCCGGCACUUGACGCCAAGGUAGACACCUGGAUGAAGAAAACCUAUACCGAAUUAGAAAAAGUCGCUGUUGGUAUCUAUGUUGCAGAUCAUGACAAGGAUCAACGCCUAUCACGAGUGAUGACAGACUCAGCUCUUCGAAAGUGGCUCAAGAUCAGAGCGAAAUACGAUCCAUAUGAGUUGUUUACAGGGCAUCAUGGAUUUGAUAACGUUCUCCCGGAGAAUCAAGCAAAUGGACGCACGUAA